CAGUUUAGUAGGCGUUCGCGGCACCAUGGCAGCUUUGUGGCUUGGAAUGCCUCUCCGAGGACACUGGUGACAUCGUCAGGGCAGGAUUGGAUACUUUGAGAUAUUCGUCGCGCAGAGCAUGCUCCCUACCAUGCAUGGAGUCGUCGGGGAGCCUGCGACACGUGGUGCAGUAUCCAGACCGCAUGCGCAUGUAGCAGGAAGGUAUCUUUCUCGACACCUCUUCUCGCAAGCAACCUACGAGUCCCGCGCCUCUGUGAUACGACGCGGCGGGUCCUAGAGGAACAACAGUAUAGCAGCUGCACUCGGAACGUAGCCAAGACGAUCUGCGGACAAAGGGGACGGUUUUCGUGCCCCAAAACUCUCUAUCCAGGAAUACAGUAUUUCGUCGGCAAGCGCAGUUUGGACGUCCUGUGCAAGCAAAAGGGCCAGAAAGAUGACGAGGCGAUGCGGACGCACCAUGGCCUCUUUCCUUGCG